AUGGAAAAUCAUUCUUCCAAUUGCUAUCCAAGCUCUUCUGACUAUUAUUCUCCUCCUUCAUCUAAUUCUGGAGCAUCUGUCUCGCCACAAUAUUCAUUUCAAUCUCCUCAAGAUCAAAAUGUCUAUCAUGGAUCAGUACAGUAUCCUCAAAUGGCAUAUGAUCAAUAUCAGGAAUAUUAUCAACAGUGAGUUUCUCUUUAACUUUUUUAUUUCAAUGUUUUCCUAAAAUUUCAAAUAAAAUAUAAAUAUUGUUUUUUUUUCAGAUAUAAUAUGUGUUAUCCAAUGCAAUACCAACAACCAAUGCAAAAUAUGCAACCAUUAGAAGAAAAGAUCGUAACCCAAACUACAACUACAGUAUGCCAAAAAAUCUAUGAACACGUGGAAAAUCAACGAGCUCCUCGACGUGGAACAUACACAAGUCAACAAUUGGAUGCACUUUCAAAACGAUUCAAAAUUUCGGAUCGAAUUCCAAUAUCAGAAAGAAGAGAACUUGCAAAAUCAAUCAAUUUGACACCAGAACAAAUCAAAGUUUGGUUCCAAAAUCGAAGAUAUAAAUUGAAGAAAAUGAGAAAUUCAAAUUCUGUCGCACCAGUUGAGUCAAAUGUUGCUGGUUAUACUCCUUAUUGA